UUUUUAAUUUGGGGUCCGAGUGCGCCCGGUGUUGUAGCGGAGUCGGGAACACGCCAGCUGGCUCAACUUUUCUUCUGCUGUCUGGGUUCCCUCGGUCUCUUGCGUGACGACCGGUUCACCCUUUGCAAGCCAAGAAACAAGAAUACAACAAUACACAGUUCCACAUAUUUACUCUCAGAAUAGAAUCCUCGCUUUCUUGUUCUUCUCGCUAACCUCUCCUUUCCAACUUCGAAUCUCUCUUCCUAUUCUAUCGCUUUCUCUUCAGUUGGGCUCCGUUUCCUCUCCCAUCUACAGCAGUCGUUUCAUCUCCCAGUGGCGGGCAAAUGCAGGUACUGGUGCAAAUUGGAUAGCUCAUUUGUAGAGUCGGUAAUACUUGUUGAACUUGGCAAAGUUAAGGUGAUGGAUCUUGACAGUGGGACUUCCUCAACAGUUGGGGCACGAGUGCAGGCAAUACCAGGCCGCCCAGCACAACAUGGUGAAACUUGCAAGCAAUGUCAUUCUAGUGGUUUUGCAGCACUCUAUCAGUUUAAACAGCAGAAUCUUCCAGCAUGUAAACCUGUUCUUACACCGGCAACAGUCAUUGCUACAUUUCUAUUGAUGGGUUUUAUUUUCAUUCCUCUUGGACUUAUUACACUUCGUGCUUCAAAUAGUGUUGUUGAAAUUGUGGACAGGUACGACAUUGAAUGUAUACCUGAAGAACUUAGGAGUAACAAGCUUUUGUAUAUCACUGAUGACUCAAUAUCCAAAAACUGUUCAAGGUUCUUAAAGGUACCUAAGUCAAUGAGAGCACCAAUUUAUAUCUAUUAUCAGCUGGAUAACUAUUACCAGAACCACCGUCGGUAUGUCAAAAGUAGAAAUGAUAAGCAACUGCUACAUGGACUUGGAGACAAUAGCACCAGUUCUUGUAUACCUUUAGAGUCCUCUGGUGAUCUUCCAAUUGUACCUUGUGGGUUGAUUGCAUGGAGUGUGUUCAAUGAUACAUUUAAGUUCAGCAGUGGGUCAUCAGAGUUGAAAGUCAAUAGGAAGAACAUUGCAUGGAAGAGUGAUCGCAAUCACAAAUUUGGAAAAGAUGUUUAUCCAUUUAAUUUUCAGAAUGGGCCCUUGAUUGGGGGUGGAAAACUGGAUCCAAAUACUCCUCUUAGUGACCAAGAAGAUCUCAUAGUCUGGAUGCGGACUGCUGCACUUCCCAGCUUCCGGAAGUUGUAUGGUAGAAUUGAAGAGGAUUUGGAUGCAGAUGAUGUUAUAGUAGUCCAGCUAAUGAAUAAUUAUAAUGCAUACAGUUUUGGUGGGAAGAAGAAACUUGUUCUGUCAACAUCAAGCUGGCUAGGUGGGAAGAAUGACUUCUUUGGAGUUGCUAGUUUAUUUAUCGGCACCUUUUGUAUGUUGAUCUCCAUUGUCUUCCUGUUGCUUCAUGUGAAAAAUCCUAGACCUUAUGGAGAUGCAAUGUACACAUCUUGGAACAAGAAAAGCAGUUCCAGCUGAUAAGGCACACUUACUCGAGAUAGGUACUAUUUUUCCUAAAGGAUGACUACUAUAUGCUGGAGUGCAAUAACGAUCUCGAGAUUUCUAUCUGUUCAUGUUGAAUUUUAUUGAAAUGUUAACAUUCUUUUGGUUGAAUCAAAUUUUUAAGAGAAAAAUAAAUUAAAAUAGAGAGGGUAUUCAGUA